GGCGGUUUGUUUGCGGCGCCUGCCCAGCAGGGCAUUUCCGCUCGGCCGCCCGGAGCGCUCCCCUCGAUCCUCUAGACCGGGUGCAGUGCCUGCAGCUAGAUGGCUCACAUCUUCGUGUACGGCACCCUGAAACGAGGCCAACCCAACCACAAAGUGAUGCUGGACCAGUCACAUGGCUCAGCAGCCUUCCAAGGCCGGGGCUGCACACUUGAGUCCUUCCCAUUGGUGAUCGCCGGCGAGCACAACAUACCAUGGCUGUUACACCUGCCGGGCAAGGGCCACUGUGUGGCAGGUGAGAUCUACAAGGUGGAUGAACAGAUGCUGAGCUUCCUGGAUGACUUCGAAGGCUGCCCCAGCAUGUACCAGCGCACGGCCCUGCAGGUGCAGGUGCUUGAGUGGGAGGGUGCCGAUGACCCUGGGGACAGCCUCCAGUGCUUUGUGUACAGUACAGCCACCUAUGCACCUGAGUGGCUGCAUCUCCCCUACCAUAAAAGCUAUGAUUCUGAGGGCCCGCACGGGCUGCGCUACAACCCUCGGGAAAACAGGCCCUGACAGAAGGCUUUGCUCCCAAAUACAAACAACACUUAAUGUUAGGAAGACGCGAAGUACCAAUUACCAUCCACCUCCAUCUGAUAAUCUGUCAGCAGAGAUGCAAGUUGCACAUGAUUCUGCCUCCUAGUGAAGUAGAAAAUGGAUUCCAAGAAUUGCAGAACGAAAUGCAGCUGCUGGCUGAGCACCCUGGCACUCCGCUAAGAGCUCGCUCGCUCUUCAACAUAAUGGUGGACUGAUCACUAACCGCAACUGCACAGAAACAAAACUGUUAUUUUUAGCCCCUUUUUCUUAAUUGGAAACUUGCUUCACAGAACAGAAAGGCAAAGAUGGGUAUCAGCUGAUGGGCUGGCAGCCUGGCCCACAACAUUGAAGGCAUCCUAGCCAUAGAGGGAGGGAAAGGGACCUGGACAGCAUGCUUGUCAUUGGAUCAGCGCAGGCAGCACCCUCUGUCAGUCCACAGACCCCAAGAUGGUGAUCCAGCUCUUCAGUUGUCCAUGGACCCACACAGAAGGGGGCAUCCAGACCCUUCAUCUGUGCUACCUGGUCUGAGGACGUCAUGAAUAAUGAGCCCCAGGAAUCCGUCCUGAACGAUGGAAGAGGGAGGUAAUCAGAUUACAAAAUUGGAAGCAGAACUGGGAUUUAUAUAAAUUUUUAAAGGAUCAUAAGGAAAUGCUAGUAUUUACAGUCAGUUGGCACAGCCUGUCGCCUCUGUGUAUAUUGUCUUCAUUCAGAAAAAAAGGGCAAACUAAUAUUUAGACAAGUGCUUGGUUUUAUUGAUUUAAUUUUGACACUAGGAAAUCUCAGCAGAAGUACAAAUCAUAUGUACAAGUAUUUAUAUCAAUAAAAAUUUCCAUUGGUGAUUUUUGGCAGAAUGUCAGUUUUGCCUCUUCUGAGGAAUAAAUACGAUGUGUAGAACCUGCUGCACAGGAGAGCUCCUGCAAAUGCUUGAACAAAUUGAGGGUUAGAGAAUAAUAGAAAUGCUAAUUAAAGCCGUGAUGACUGGAAGGCUAGAAAUACUUCACUCCAGCUCCACGAGCAGAUCUCCUUCGCCAACUGUGUCUCCAGCUUUGCAAUGCACCGAUUUCACCUGGAAUCAAAAAUGGUGGAGGAAGAAUGAGAACGAGAGGGCCAGUCAUCCCAAUUCCUUUUGAGAAGUAAGUGGCCUUAGGCCCCCAAACUUAGACCACCUGCUUACAUCUGUAAGGGAACCAGAGUGUGGGAGUGUUCCUAGAGAAGCCUAUGCUUCACGCCUCCUCCUGUCACUCAGCCCAGGUGAUCCUGAGAGAAUGGAAACUGUAUGGACCAGGCCACAGCAUCCUCAGUCCUGAGAUGUCCAUGCUGGUGACUGACGCUUCCCACCCCAGCUUCAUCCUAGCGUUUUGAGACUAGAGUGUGUAUUUAGUAUCAUGGUAAAAACAACUACACCACAAUCCAAACAGGUACCAAUUAAAAGGAGAGAUCUCUUAGCCUUGACCGUUUUCCUGCUUUUGAAAGACAGAAUUCAGUCCCCACUUCAGUUGAGUGGCACAGAAUGUGGAAUUAUGUUUCUUCUGAUUUCUGCUGAACAUAAAAUCCUGCCUUGCUUCUCUAGAUUUGUGUAGGCAGAAGACUGGAGUGCAUAAGAGGUCCUCAUUUCCCUCCUUGGAAAUGGUUGCUUAAGCCAUAAACUAAAAGUGGGUUUGACCUACUGGCCAUAUUGGGGAUUAAGCAAAUAAAAAUUCCAGGAAUUAUCCAGGCUGCUGCACAGGCCUGUGCCCUGUCCCUCCACUGUGAGCAGAAGGGACAGGCUCUUUUCUGAGUUCCUAAGGCUCGAUGGGCAGAUCUCUCCGGAGUGGAAUGGAUGGUGAUGUGUUUAAUGAUGGCACGUUGAUCAGGCUGUAGGAGUAGAUCACAUCUUUUCUCAGAGGAAAAGAAAUGAUAAUUUUGAGAGCUUAUGAUUUAACUGCCACCACACAGUUUAGAAAGGAUUGUUAGACCUGCAGAUCCUUUGUCUAAGUCUGUAGAUACUGUGUGGUUCUCUUAACCUGCUCUAGCCUGGGGCCACUGAAUCUGCAAGGGGCCUUGUUAUUCUCCUGAGGAGCAGGUAGAAUAAUUGUAGGCCUUCUUCUGAGAAUCCAUCUCAUUGCCUUUUGGGGUAACAGACCACAAGACAGACAGAAGCUGAGUGAUGCAGGCCUGGUUGUAACUAACAUCUCUCUCUCUGAACCCAGUGUCCCCAAAGUGUGGCCAUGUUGCAGGCCUCCGACUCUAUGUAGAUUCUUUCAAACCCAAGCGCCCUUUGGGAAAGCAACUCUUCUGAAUGACUACAUCUCUUCAGUCACUGGAAGGACAGCAAAACCACUGCUUUCACCAGGACUUUUCUGUUUCCUUCAAAUGUUGCUCUUAACUAUUCUAGUGCUAACACCUCUCUUUCUCCCUGAAUCAUUAGGCCUCUCAUGUGUACAUGGGGCUUCAGCUUCUCCAUCUACAACUGAAUUGUUCCCUUCAAGGGGAAAUUAUCUUGAGUUACAUUAAUUUUUGCAAUCUGUAAAACCAUUUCCUGCUGUGUCACCUAAGUCUCAGAUAACUAACUGCCUCCGAGACAGAUGUAAACAUUAAAAAUUAAAAACCCCUUCAUCUGAAAGACAUUAAUGUG